ACAUCAAAAUUAUAAAUAAUAUUUAUCGUUACUAUUGGAAUACCUUUCAAAAGCACUACUGGUGAAAUUGUACAAAUUUACACACAUUAAAUUUUGCCAAUCAAAAACACAAGGCAACUGCAGUGCAAAGUUAUUGUCACCCAGUAUACUGUUCCGUUUUGAUUUUUAUUUAAUUAAUACUGUUGGAAUUAUCUCUAAUUGAUUGAAAUUGAAUUCAUAGUAUUUCGUUUCGUUUUCGAUUCAAAUACCUCUAUUGAUGUUGGCCUACCGAAGUUAGCAGAGUGAUACUUUAUUUAUGCAUUGGUCAGGAUAUCAUCGGGUGCAUGCGUACAUUUUUACAUAUGCGGUGGAGUUACUUAAGCAUUAUAGAAAUAGUAUGUUCAUGUACACCGCCUCUGACGUGUAUGGAAAAGAUCUUAAAAUGCGCCACAACAGUCAGGCAAAAAAUUUAACGAAUAACAACAAUGGGAUUAGUAGCAACACCAGCAACCUUAAUGAUCAGCAAGUACCAUUUUGUAAUGUUGAUAAUGCCGUUAACUAUUAUAAGAAUGUAAACCUAAUUGGAUCAACAUGGAGUAUGAAGGGUUCAAGUCGUUCAUCUAAUGCAAGUCCAUCGAAAUGUGGCAGGCAAAUAUGUAGGCAACCGCCCGGCUAUUCAGCAGUACCUUCCUCCGAACUAUUGCAAUACUCAAAUUCAUACGCCAUGUCAUAUGCACCUCAAAGGGUUUCGGGUGCAUCAACAGGGGGAAACAACAACCAUCAUGCAUACCAACAGAUGAGGCAAUCAGUUGACUAUUAUAGUGGUACGCCACAGCACAAAGUUCGCCAGCACUCGCAUAGUAAUAGUGCACACGCCAACCAGGAAAUCAAAUAUUCUUCCCCGCUUUCGUUGGAGAAAGAUAAACUAAAACGACAAAUAAGAAUUCGAAGUACAUCUGAUUUUUUGGAUGGGGGUUUAAUCUAUUCGCAUAACCGCAAACCAACUACACUGGAGACGUCAUGGAGUUCUGUAAUUCCGGGGCGGCCAUUGCGUUUUCAUUCAACAGAUCAGCACUACGAACAUUAUUUUUCAUAUUUUUACAAUCGCGGUGGACGAGAUCAGUUACCGAAGAACCACCCACCGCAUACCUCGCACUCGGUGUGCAAUUACAAACCUCAAAUGAGCUUAUUACAUGAACCGUCGAGUAAACGCUCGUCAAAUGCUAGUCGCAGAAAUAAUAUACCCAAUGAUAAUAACCAAAAUGUAGAAUAUGAUAGUUAUAUAUUGAAAGAAAAUAACGAGUUGCCGUUUGGGUAUAAUGACAGCAAUUGGAACGAUUCACCGGAGAAUGAUUGCCCAGAAAAAUGUGUAUCGAAAGCUAACGAUGAUGAUUAUAUUUCUAAUAACGAUGCAUACGAUUCGAAAGAAAUCAAUGUUGAACAAUUCGAUCCAACUUUACUAUCCCAUCGUCGAUUCGUCCAGCAUAGCGAAAUCAAUGAACUGAACACAACUGGAGACUCUUUAACAGUGAAUAAUAAUAUAAGUCAAGCUAAGAAAACGCACAAAGUUGCCAUAUCCCCUCAUAUCGCUCCACGAUUACCAUUGACGCCAAAAAGAAUCCGGGGAGGCCAAGCAACUGUCAAAAAGAUACUGCCUACUGUGCAUAGAGUUUUAUUGUAUAACAGUCAAAGUCCCCGAUUGGCACGUCACAGUCAUGGUCAAUGUCACGCCCAAGGAGAUGAUGAUCAUAUAACUAAAUAUAUUCUGGAUGAUUCUGAAGAGAAAGCCAACGAAUACCCCGAGGUUGAUUUUGACAAUGAUGACGAUCUAGACAAUAUAUCAAAUUUUGAUGAGAGCGACACAGUUAGUGUUAGUUCUGAUACAGAAGAUGGAUAUCGAGCUCAUGCGUAUAAAAUGGCUCAUUCAGGAGAACGGUUAUCGUCGUCACCGAAGAACUCAAAAACUUUGCUGUUUUCUCAGACUUCUGAUGAAGAUUUAUGUAAUCCGAAAUCAGUAUUAGUACCAAGUCUUUUUCCCUUCGUUCCGCCCUAUCUAUCCUUUUCUUCGAACACUCAAAAAGGACCAGAUGUGCCAGCUGACUUACACAGAGUAUUGAAAUGGCGGGUGACAAACAUUAUGCCUAAGGUUGUUCGCUUGAUCUUGGCCAAUAGUGGGAUGCGUAUGCUCAAAAAAACGAACGACUGGAUGGGGGUUUGGGGCAAGCAUUUAAAAUCACCAUGUUUUAAAACGAUUCGCUCAUAUCAAAAGAUAAAUCAUUUACCUGGGUCCUUCCGAAUUGGACGCAAAGAUUCGUGCUGGAAGAAUCUUCAGAGGCAAAUGAAGAAGCACAGUAACAGGGAGUUUGGCUUCAUGCCACGCACCUAUGUCAUACCAAAUGAUUUGUGUGCAUUGCGGAAACGUUGGCCAAAAUAUGCUCAACGUAAUACAAAGUGGAUUAUUAAACCCCCCGCUAGUGCUCGGGGAGCUGGGAUACGCGUAGUUAAUCGAUGGGGUCAAAUACCUAAAAGGCGGCCUUUAAUUGUGCAGAAAUAUAUCGAACGUCCUUUGCUAAUAAAUGGAAGCAAAUUCGACUUACGUCUUUACGUACUUGUAACAUCUGUAAAUCCCUUGAGAGUCUUCAUGUAUCACAAUGGUUUGGCAAGAUUCGCAUCAGUGAAAUAUAGCGCCAAGAUUGAUACAUUGAACGAUCGAUGCAUGCAUUUGACGAACUAUAGCAUUAACAAAUUUUCGUCAAACUACUCAAAGAAUGAGGAUGUUAAUGCUUGUCAUGGUCACAAGUGGACAAUUAAGUCGCUAUGGAAUUAUUUGGCCAAUCGUGGAGUCCGCACAGACGGCCUCUGGGAGGCGCUAAGGAGUCUAGUGUUACGCACAAUUUUAGCUGGUGAAAAUGGCAUAAAUAGCAUGAUACGAGCAAACGUGGAGUCCAAAUACAGUUGCUUUGAAUUAUUUGGAUUUGAUGUGAUCUUAGACUCGGAUCUUGUACCAUGGUUAUUGGAGGUCAACAUUUCACCCAGCUUGCACUCAGAACUGCCGCUUGAUGCUCAUGUUAAGGCACCCCUGGUUCAGGGUGUUCUUAACACAGCUUUGUAUAAUAUACCACCAAAACUGACUCAGGAAAAACAAAAGGAGCUUGCCGCCGAGUUUUCAUUUCCACCUGGAACACAAAUGUGCUAUGAUAAACGUCUAUAUAUAAAUUAUUUAUCGCGCGAUGAAAAGGUCAAACAUAAUAAUUUUACACGUAAAACAAUGGAAAACCGCGAAGAUUAUGUUAAUGCAAUUCUGCAAAAACUAACACCUGACGAUGUGCGCUGUCUUAUUGUGGCUGAGGAUGAGCUGGCACGAUGCGCUCCUCUUGAGCGCAUAUUUCCCACAGAUCAAACCCACAAAUAUCUAAAAUACAACGACACUCCUCGUUAUUACAAUCGAUUGUUAGAUGCCUGGGAAUCACGCUAUGCAAAUAACCGUACCGAAGGGAUAGCACUUCUUCGCGAUUAUUGCCAAGCCAAAUACCAUUUACAGGUUCCAGUGCCACCUGCCAAAAAGGACUUGAACGAUAACCCCGAAGAGAACACACUUCUGAAGCUAGAAAAUGGACCCAUUGCAAACUCACAUUCAUAAAACAACCUUUCUUUCGCUUUCAAAUAAUAAUGAUUCUAGCGAAUUCUGUUAAAUACAUCAACCGACUUGGAAAAAAAUUUUUAAGAUUUACACAUUGUUCAUCUUGUUAUACGAAAGACUGAACACAAUAAAUCAUUUAUUUUAAAUUAAGUCACACUCUGAUGCCGGUCUCUACAAUGGGAUUUUCAUUAAGUCUAGUUUUAAGGCUCAAAGCAUAUUCAAUGUGUUCGAAAACUAAGUAAAAUUUUAUGUAAUGUUAACUAGGAUCCAAAUUUGAAUGUGCACAAAUAAAAAUUGGUUAUAAGUAUAUAUUAAAUGCGCUAUAAUAGUAUAAAUUAGUUUAUAUUAUGUAUAAU